AUGCAACGAAAUGAUGGUGGUGAUGAUGAGUCGACUGUGAUUGCUCAAGUAAUCGCUGAUGACGAUGGAGGUGGUGUACAGUCGAUCAACCAUCUGAGGCAGUGUUGUGUGGUAGUCAGAGUAAGAGGUCCAGAGGAAUCAACAUUAAGAAGUAAUAGAUCAUCAUCAAGCUUAGUGUCAACAUUCUCGCAUUCAUUUGAUGGUCGCACAACAUUCAGUUGUAGUGGAUUCAUUGUUAAUAAGGAGCAGGGAUUGAUAUUGACAUCGGCAUCGAUAUUUACACCAUUCUUGAAGGUGCGUCCAUCAGCUAAUGGUGUCGCCAACAACUCUGAUGACUCAUUGGAGAUGAUCAAGGACACAGAGAUAGACAUAAUGUGCAAUUACAACAAGGAUAUCAAACAUGAUGAUGUUGCAACGAGCAACCAACUGUCAAUAUACAAGGUGGCCGAGGAGCGUGUCUAUGACCCUCUGAAGGAUUGGAUACCUUGUCGAUACCAAUCCAUGUUGCCAGUGCACCCUUCGGUCAUUGAGAUUGUCGACCAGAUCAAGUCAUACUUCUCCGUCAGCACGCCCAGAGCUCUGUCUUUGGUGCUGCUGCGAGCGACCACACCAUUAGUCGACCCAGCAGUUCGCGCCAUUACCUUUGCCAACACGUCGGUGGCCUCGCGCACCGGCGAGAAACUCACAAUCAUAGCAUCACCAUUUGGCUUCAUCUCACCGACAAUCUUCCUCAACUCUGUAUCCAGUGGUAUACUGUGUAAUGCGAUUGCGGCUCGUCCAUACGAUCACCCUUCACUCUUCCUCACAGAUGCACGUUGUCUGCCUGGCAGCGAGGGUGCUGCCGUGUUUGAUUCUCAUGGUCAUCUGGUGGCUGUGGUCACGGCGCCUAUCCGAGCAAAGGAUGACAAGAUACCUUUCAAUCUAUCGCCACUCAUCCCUUCACAUACAUUCAUCACCAAUCUCAACCUUCAAGGUCAAAUUCACAUGUCUUCACACACGGACCAACUCGUCCGCAACUAUAAAAGUAGCAUCAGUAGCAGGAUUGGCAGCAACAGCCUGGUCAACAGCAGGUUGGAUCAACAGAAGCACUCGAUAGUAUUGGUCAAGUUCAAAGACACUUGGGGAUCAGGUGUUCUGAUCUCAGAGAAUGGAUAUAUAUUAACCAAUGCACAUCUGCUUGGUCCGUCAAUACCUUCGAUCCACAAGUCAGACAUCAGUGGCGCAUACCCGCCAUCGAUGUACAAAAACUACAGUGUCGACCUUCGAAUCGAUUACUCUGCGAUGAAAGGCAAGGAGACGAUCAAGGGACACGUAUGGCUCCAGGGCAACAUCGAGUACAUCUCUCACACUCACUUGGACAUUGCAUUGUUAAAGAUCCGCGACGAGGAUACAACUUUGUUCAACCAUGUCGACUGCAACAUGUUGCUCAACGUCAAGCAUGGUGCAGAGGUAUCCGUGCUUGGAUAUCCACUUCUGCCGCCAACUCAGAACCCUCCAAUAAGUGUGACCAAUGGCAUCGUAUCUAAUAUUAUAUUCGUCGAAGGAAUGGCAGUCAGCUAUCAAACGACUGCACCUGUGCACUCUGGCAACAGUGGAGGAGGACUGUUUGAUCAUCAAGGCAACUUCUUGGGCAUUGUCACAUGCAAUGCCAAACAGAAGAAUGGUUCAAUUAUCACCGACCUUAACUUCUCCAUACCAGUUGCAUCACUUGUACAUUUCUUCAACUACGCCAAUGGUCAAGAUAAACAUGGAUUGGAAGUAAUGAGAAGAACUUCAACCAACAAGUUCCUGAAGGCACUUUGGAAGCUACAGAUAACAUCGUCACCUCAGCCAAGUACCACGACUGAUGGUCGUGGCAAGAAGUACUCUGAGUUCAUGGAGAAGAUGACCAAGACACCAAUCACUCAAAAGGAAGAGAUUGAUCAAGCUCGUCUUCGAUCAAAGUUGUAG